AUGACUUCUUACACUUACUCCGACCUGCGUGAGAACGAGAUAAGGCUGCUGCGGCUACUUCCGUCGAAUGGCAACUUUACUGACGAUAUUUGCAUUGUUCUGGAACACGCGCCACUCUUUUCCCGGGAUAUGCAGUCGCAAGGGCAGGCACGACUCCAUUCUAAGAUCAAACUCAGGGAGCAGUUGCCAGAGGGUUGGGAGGUGUUUACAAAUCCGGAGGGCAAACACUUCUUCACGUCACCAGGCUACAAUGUGCAAUACGAGCACCCAAAUGCAGCUACCGAUGCAAGACUAUAUGAAGAGCCCGUUGGCGAUACUCAAGACAAUUCGCAGCCUGAUUACGAGGCACUUUCGUACGUUUGGGGCUCACCAGAUGACUUAGUGUCUAUAUUCGUAUACAAGGAUGAUACUGCGCAUUUCAAACCUCUUGAAGAGCGGGUAAUGUUUCCAAUGAAGGUUCGCCGGAAUCUUGCAGAUGCACUACGUCAUUUGCGUCUAGUCGGUACACAUCGAGUCCUUUGGGUGGAUGCAGUGUGCAUCAACCAACGCAACAUGGCAGAGCGUAGCCGGGAGGUAACUCGGAUGGGAUUGAUAUACCAUCAGGCAAAAAGAGUUGUCGCGUGGCUAGGGAUGUCUACCUCGGGCAGUGGUCAAGCACUUGCAGCGCUAAAAAAUCUGGCAAAUUUAGUGGAGGUAUCGGACGAUGGCUGGAUCUUUCGCUCGACGAAUAACAAGAGUAAGUGGCGUCCUCGCGUUGACAGACCACCUUUAGACGAUGGAACAUGGGUCAAACUCGUAGCCCUCUUCGACUAUCCCUACUUUGACAGACUUUGGGUCAUUCAAGAGCUUCGCCUAGCCAGCCGACAUUCUCUGAUUCUAUGUGGAGGCGAUACUCUGGCUUUGCCUGAACUUCGGAGAGCGACAGAAGCGCUUUUGGACGCUGAACAUGUUCCAGCACGGCUUAGCCAACGCAUGGAAUGGGUGGCUUUCUUAACCCGUCCUCACACAACACUCGUUGAGCUACUUGCUCAGAGCCGCAUACGUCAGUGUUUUGACAUGCGCGAUAAGAUCUACGGUCUGUUGAGUCUGGCGCCACCACAGCUAGCCACUCGUAUCAAACCCGAUUACACCAAGUCUUACUGCAAUGUGUACAAAGAAUUCUGCUUAAGCUACAUGCAUAUCACGGCACGCCUGGAUAUCUUGCCGCUGUGUGUCUCCCAGAUAUCUGAUGAGACAGGUGCAACCUUUGCUUCCUGGAUUUUGGAUUUGUCAUCUGUACCUCCAAAGACAGUACGCCCUGACAUGAUGCAAGCAGCAGCAGAUUCACGAAGCGAGUACAUCUAUAUUCCACCCCAUCGGCUAGAUGUCACAGGGAUUCGACACGCGAGAAUUGUCAUUUCUAGCGCACCGAUUCCACAAGAUAUUGCACAAGCCGCUGAGCUGCUCGAGACACAUCGACCCAGUGGAUGGUCUGAUAAGCUCUACCCGACUGAUGAAAGCAUGCUCGAUGCAUGGAUAAGACUUCUUCAAUUCGACAUGGUUCGAGACAGAAAUACGAUUGCUCCUCAGUGGCCCCUAUUGGAGGACCUAAGAACGCGCUGGGCUGAUGCAGUCGCUCAAGAUCGAAGGCCUUGGGAGGAAAGUCUUAUCUCUUCCCGUAUAAAAGAGAAACUGCAUGGUACAUCGUUGAUGGAGUUAGAUAACGACUACCUUGGCUUUGGACCAUCCACUAUACAACCUGGAGAUAUUAUCGUUGUGCUCUUGGGCUGCUAUGUUCCAAUGAUCCUGCGCCCUCAGGAGAACGGAGCCUAUACUGUUAUCGGGAGAUGCUAUGUACAGGGUCUGAUGAAUGGCGAAGCGUUACUAGGAAACCUACCAAGACCAUGGACGGUACAGCAACAUCUCAAUGAAGGUGCCUUUGUCUUCAAGUACUAUAACAACGACACAGGAUGCCUAACGAGCGAAGAUCCACGACUGCCUCCUCUUGACGAGAGUUGGAGAAGGGUGUACAGACAGCGUACCCUGGACGAUCCACUUCAUAUAACAUACUUCGAACACAUUCCCACGGGUCGGAUUAUCAAUUCAGAUCCAAGACUCUUACCCCAUGCUUUGCGCAGUCGAGGAGUCAACUUGGAGGCUUUCGCACUGAUUUGA